CCGGCCCUGGGGCCGGCGCGCGGCGGGAGUGGCGGCUCCUCGGGGGCGGCGGCGCGGGCUUGCGGAAGCCGGGCGCGCGGGCCAUGGCUCCCUGGGCGGGGUCCGAGGCCUCGGCGCUGAACCCGCUGCGCGCGCUGUGGCUGGCGCUGGCCGCCGCCUUCCUGCUGACCCUGCUGCUGCAGCUCGUGCCGUCCAGCCUGCUCCCAGGCUGCGCGCUCUUCCAGGACCUGAUCCGCUAUGGAAAAACCAAGCUGGGGGGGCCGCGGCGCCCUGCCGCCUGCCGGGCCUUUGAUGUCCCAAAGAGGUAUUUUUCUCACUUCUACGUCAUCUCGGUGCUGUGGAAUGGCUUCCUGCUUUGGUUCCUUACUCAGUCUCUGUUCCUGGGAGUGCCUUUUCCACACUGGCUUCACCAUUUGCUCAGGAUUCUCGGGGCAGCACAGUUCCGAGGGGGUGAGCUGGCACUCUCCGCCUUCUUAGUGCUUGUGUUCCUGUGGCUGCACAGCUUGCGGAGGCUCUUCGAGUGCUUCUACGUCAGCGUCUUCUCCAACGCCGUGAUUCACCUCGUGCAGUAUUGUUUUGGACUCGUCUACUAUGUCCUGGUGGGCCUGACAGUGCUGAGCCAGGUGCCAAUGGAUGGCAGGAAUGUCUACGUAAUAGGGAAAAAUUUGCUGAUGCAAGCCCGCUGGUUCCAUAUCCUCGGAAUGAUGAUGUUCUUCUGGUCAUCUGCCCAUCAGUAUAAGUGCCACGUCAUUCUCAGCAAUCUCAGGAAAAAUAAAGCAGGAGUGGUCAUUCACUGCAACCACAGGAUCCCUUUUGGAGACUGGUUCGAAUAUGUUUCUUCCCCUAACUACUUAGCAGAGCUGAUGAUUUACAUUUCCAUGGCUGUAACCUUUGGGUUCCUCAAUUUAACUUGGUGGCUAGUGGUGACAUAUGUCUUCUUCAGCCAGGCUUUGUCUGCUUUCCUCAGCCACAAAUUCUACAAAAGCAAGUUUGUCUCCUACCCAAAGCAUAGGAAAGCUUUCCUGCCAUUUUUGUUUUGAGAUAACCUCCGUCAUGAAGAAAGUAAAUUAGGCGGCAAGUUCAAUUCCUAGAGACUGUGAAGUCGGAGACCAAAGUGCAAUUUUGGCAGAAUUGUUUGAAAUUCUUUGUUACAGAAAUUCUUCACCAAAUGAACAAAGCAAUACCCUGGAGCAGGUAAAUCUUCAGAGUGUCUUCAAAGAAGAAAUACUUCUGGGAGACUUAGGGUUGCCAUGUCUGCUUUCUGCCAUGCUUUAUAAAGCCUACCAACUGAUAAAAAAGUAGACAAGAUUUCUCCAAGCUGCUUAACAAGCAUACUAACCAAGUCCAAACAGCUUCACACAUACACGCAUGUACACCAGGAGGAGACAAGACCAUCUGCAGCUGGAAUGCCUGUUAGGGAACAAUGAACUACCCUAGAUAGUAAGGGAUAUAUAGUAGGUGUUCAAUAAAUAUUUGUAAAGUUCAAUUACAGCAGAAUAACAUUCAAAAAUAAUACAAUUUGACACCAACAGUUUCACGGAAAGAUGAGUCUUUGGAGUUAAUUUAUACUGUCACAAGGAUCUCCAGUUAUAAAACCAUCAAUAGCCAUUUCCACUCAUCUCCCCCUCAAGUCAGCCUAAGAGAAAGUUUUAAAGCGUAUUUAAUUCUUCUUUAACACUCCUUUCAAGGGAGUCCUUUAAAAGCAAAAGCAUUGGAAAAUAAAAUAUUUUUAUAUUUAUGCAUAUAAAGCCUUCUUUGAACUGACAUGCUCUGGAUUGGAUACUACUAAGACCUCCUUCAGCAGCAGUUGUUUGAAUUGGAUAAUGUCAUCUGAGUGCCUUUCAACUAACAGAAUGAUUUGAAGAUAUCUAGGAAUGAAGUUUACAUUUAAAAUAGUUUAUGCUAAAGAAAACACCCAUGAUUAAGUCAAAGGGAAAUAAAUGCAUAGUAUGAAAGGAAAACUAAAUCUUGAACAAUACUAUAGGCUGAGCACAUUUAUAUAGCAUAGGACUUUCUAGCCUCCUGGGCGAGGUACUAACUUACUCCUUUUAUGCAAAUGCCACAUUAUAGUCCACUAAGUGCACUUAUUUGUGCCUCACUAAGGGGGAAAAUAACCUCAUUAUUAACCAGACACAUCAACUACACAGCUUAAGAAUCUGUUCCCCCACCUCCAUCCCUGGGGUAGUAAACCCAGAUUUAAACAAAUUCCUUUAAAUCUAAUUUUAAGUGUAUGCAUGGCCAAACACAUCCUGAAGUUCUUCCAUUAAUUCUGAUGUAACAUUUUUUCUCCCAUCAACCAAAUACCAUUUAAUUUAAUCCAUUGCUCAUUCUAUUCAUAUACAUGACCUAUUCAUUUCAUUUGUCAGUUGGAAUUUGCUAUCCUCAGGAUCAGGACUCCAGAACAAAAGCAUUUCUACGUUGGAAAUGUAAAACAUAUUUCAGUUCGGUUUUAAUUUCUACACAAAUAGGCUGUGUAAUUUUAAAUAAAUUGUUGAGGGAAAAAUUGUAUUUGACUUUACCAUGCAAUUUUAUACCUAGGUUAGCCAAAGGAUUUGACUGAUGUUCUGUAAUCUUAGUGCACUUGGAAGUAAAAUAAUAAACAGGUGCCCACAAAGGACUCUGUCAAGAACUAUGAGAAAGCAUUGUAGUUUCCUUGACCUUGCUGUCCCUUGCACACUGUCCCAUCUCUUAUUUUCCCUUUUCUUCUGUGUCCAAAUAAUGCAUUUCUAGGUAGAGAUUAAAAAGGAAAUAGGAUAUCUUCAAAGGGGUUGAGAUAAAUGAGGAUGGCCUUUGGUGAAAGUUUAACUGAUGGUGCAUAAUUCAGAGUCGUGUUGGGCUAGAGACAUGGCUCAGUGAUAGGGCCAGCAUGCAGAAGGCCCUGAGCCAUCCCAGCACUGGAAAAGUAAAGAAAUAAAAAGAAAGUAAGAAAAGGGGAGGGGAAUAUGCUGUGCUUAUAAGGGCAGAAUCAGUACUGUUUUGUGUAAAUGAAAAUAAUUCUGUGCAUCUAAGAGGAGAGCACCACCAAGACAUGAAUUCUUCACAAGGAUGAUCCAGAAAUUGCUUGGAGGUGAAGAUUCUUGACUUUCCUGUUGGCAUAGUUGAAUAGCCUUAACCUUUCAUUCUAGGCUGCCAUCAAGGUAAGGAAAUGAUACUGAACUACCUCAGAACAGCAUUCUCUGAAUUCACUACUGACUAUCAAAGUGCAUUGAAAGUAGCCUUUGUUUUUGAUUAGUCGCCAAGUUCUAGCUCAUCCCACAUACUAACAUUGCUUACAGUGAGCAUGAAUGACUGUCUCCGUAAAGCUGUGUUCUGUAUUAUAUUUUUAAUUCAAUGAGUAGUUAUUGCUAGAAUUCCUGUUUAAAAAAAAAAAAAACUUUGCAGAUAUUUUUGUAUGGAUUUAAUGGAUACUCCACUUAA